GGUGGCCACGUGCUCUCAGCUGCAAAGCUGGCGCUGCCCUCCAUGCCCAGCCGCACGUCCAUGUCGGAGUACUCGGUCACAAACCUCCUGAGGGAAAGCGGGAGCGGCGCGUGCCUGGACCUGCAGGUGAUAGGCACGGUGCGGAGUCGCCGGGCUGGAAGAUGCUCUGAGGGGCCAACGGCUCACCCUGUGUCUCUUUGCCUCUCCCUCGGCCAGUACAAGGCCAGCUACAGCCGUCACUUCAUCUCUCCAGAUAAACAAGAGCGCCAAGAUAAAGAAAUCUUCCGGCAGAACAUGAAGAGGCGGCUGGAGACCUUCAAGUCCACAAAGCACAACGUCUGCUCCUCCAAGAGCAAGGCCAGGCUGAAGGAAAAGGGCAGGAAAAAGAAGAACAUCUCUCUGAGCAGCGAGGCGCCCAACGGGAAGACGCACAGAAACGUCCCCUGGCAGGAGGCAGGUAAGGCUGGUGACGGUGAGGUUUGCAGGUCCUGGUGAGGUGGGAUGGGAGCAGCUCCCUGUGUCUGCCUCACAUGGGUGGGGUUGUGCUAGCACCAAGUCCUCCUCACAUGGGUGCAGUCCGUCCCCCCAGUCCUCCAAACCAUCUCCCUCCAUCUGGCCGCAGCUCCUGUCCUCGUGAUGGUCAGCUCAGAGGAGGAGGAGGGAAAGACAACUCCUGGCAGCGUGGACGUCUGCCCCAGCCCCUGCAUCAUCCCGCCAUCGCCCACCCUGGCAGAGAAGGAGCUGCCGUGGAAAGGCGACCAGGCUGAUCUGGCUGUUUAUGUCUCCUCGGAGACCACCAAAAUCGUGCCAGUGGAUAUGCAGAAGGCGUGGAACCAAAGCAUCUCCUCCCUGGAGAGCAUCGCUUCCCCACCGGGCACUGAGAGCGGACCUCAGCACAGGAGAUUCGCCUGCCCCGUGCUGGAAGAGCAACCCCGAUCGGCGAGCCAGGCGACGCCGGAGCAGAGCUCCUGCUUCCAGUUCCCCAGCCAUGUCUCGAAGAGCGGCCGGGCGCAGAGCGACAGCAGCCCGGAGGGUGCUGAGCAGCAGGAGCUGCAGCCUUUGAUGGCCACGGAGGAGCAGGGCAGGAUGCUGCCCACCACGGUGGAGCCCAGAUGGUUGACGUUCAACAGGGCGAGCCACCUCUGA